AUGGAUUUUCGGUGGCUUUCCUUCUUGAUUGCUCUUUUACUUUCUGCCAUGGCAGAAGCUUCUUCCUCUUCACUCUGUGCAGAAAAAGGCAAGAAACUUUAUUUGACCCAUUAUGUGCCUGUAGUUAGGAAUAUCCGUGAGAUGGAUCAGGAUAACUAUGGCCGACAGGGUUUAUCUCACAUCACCAUUGCUGGUUCAUUAAUGCACGGUCUUAAAGAGGUAGAGGUAUGGCUUCAGACAUUUGCUCCUGGCGUUCAUACACCAAUUCAUAGGCACUCGUGUGAGGAAAUAUUUGUGGUUCUCAAAGGGAGUGGAACUCUUUAUCUUGCCUCUAAUUCGCAUAAAAAUUAUCCUGGCAGUCCUCAGGAGUUUCCUAUUUUCCCUAACAGCACGUUUCACAUCCCUAUCAAUGAUGCUCAUCAGGUUUGGAAUACGAAUGAACAUGAGGAUUUGCAAGUUCUGGUUAUGAUAUCUCGACCACCAGUCAAAGUAUCUGCGGCAAGGACAUGUUCGCGAGGAGGCGGACCGAUGGCGGCGUCGGAGAUGUACGAGCGAUGGUCUAACGGGAGCAGCAUCGGGAAUAAAAGCAGUCGAGUGGUGGCAGAUCUACGGCGGCAGUCAACAGAUCUAGAGGCGGAGACAUAUCGAAGGCAAUGGUGGCAUUUGUUGCAGUCGUCCAGGUCGCAACAGAUCCGGCACUCGCACGGAUGUGGUUGGGUGACGGAUAUAGAAGCAGAAGAAGGCAGAUUACCAAUUUAA